CCAAAGAUGUCAAAAAUGUGUCAUCAGCACUUUAAAGUGUUGCUAAUAACGGACACCAGUCAAGUGUUUGACAUGGUUACGUGUGUGGAAUGUUCACACUUUCUAAACCAUUGGUUUCAAAUUGAACAGACAGUACAGAACAGCAGAACAGUACACACAGCUUAACACACAUAACAAUCCAUGGGAUUUCCAUAGGUAUUUUGAUGCUGGGUAGAAAACUUUUUCUAUGAUUUAUUAGCAGUCACAUCACACAUUUCACUACCAAUUGUCCUAGCACAAGAAGCAUGUGGCAAAAUCUUGAAUUUUCAUUUGUGAUUGUAAAUGCACCAGAAUUAGUCACUGACCAGUUUUCAUCUAGUCCCUGGUAGGUUAAUACAUAAAAUGUAAUAACAGUCACAAACUCAAGGUCCAUGGGCUAUCAAAAGUCAAAUAAUGACAAUAGUGCAAUUGUGACGAGGGUGGGCAAAGUUGGGGGGCCCAAAAUUCUAAUCUUUCAUGGGGCCCAAAAUUUCUGGCGGCACCCCUGUGUACACUCUCAGAAAUAAAGGUACACAGUGGUACAAAUAUGACACAUUAAGGUACACAAAUGUACCUUUCAGUUUGAUGUACCUUAAAUGGUACAAAACUGGACCUUUGUGGUACGACACUGUACCUUUCAAGGUACAAAAUUGGAGAAGGUACGUGUUUGUACCUUAGGGCAUGGUACUUUGAGCUGCUAGGGGGAGGAGUCCAAAAAGCAAUUAACGGUCCUGCUCUAGAUGCUAGCGCAAGACAAAAUUCUACUACUCGCGUGGUCACCUGAAGGAUGGCGACUUUGUCCGCCCUCUCCACCGAAGAGCUUUUGGACUUUUUAGUAAAAGCGGACCUGGAAAUAACAGACGACGGCAGAAGGAAAUUUACAAAAUAUGAAGUAGAUGGUGAGACGGUGCAUGGGCUGACUGACUACAUGAUUUCUCAAUUAUUUGGUUCAUUCAAGAAACAAGUGAAAUUCAUUAAUGCCAUCCAGCAGCUAAAGGACACUUGCAUCAACGUUCCAGCUCCAGUUACACCGUCUGAGUCAAGCUCUGCUCAAAGUCCACAGGUGUCUACUGGUCCAUGCUUCCCAAGUGUUUUUGUUCUGCCUAAGUUUCCAAAGAACAUUCAGACUAGAUUGGAUAAUAAAGAACCAUGCAAAACCGGACUAUUCCGAAGCAAAAUCGUUGGGGUGCUUCAAGAAUCCAUGGCACAGUAUACAAUGUAUCCCUCAAAUGACGAGUAUGUCAGAGUUUCAAAGGCGCUGGUGACUAAAUAUCCUUUUUUAAAGGAUCUUGAGGGGAAUGGCUAUCACACAUGGCACAUGUCCUUAAAGCGCAAGUUCAAGACGGAGCGUGCACCCCUUGUCCAAUCAGAACAAGUAAUGAAUUUCAAAGCCAAAUUCGGUCAUCGCAAGGCGAGGUCAACCGAAGAAGCACCCCAGUCAAGUUGUACAAAAAGGAACAAACCGGACUAUGAGUGUGAACUUCCUGUUGGUGAAGACUCUGUUUCCAUUGAUGCCCAUGUUAAAGAAUUGCACAUGCAGUAUGAACGGGCCCAACCUGAUCGAGCCAUUGUGGAGGACAAAAUGAGGCGAACAUUUCAGUGGAGGAGACGCGAGCUUCAGCAAGCAGUGUCUGCUGUAGAGGCCAUCAAUAAAUAUCCAUUCCUGAAAACACCAUCUGGGCUCUUCCAGGAAAUGGGCCUGAUCUGCAAAAUGCCCGAUGUAAACCAACGGUUUAGAGAAUCAUUCCGAAGUCUAGUGCCUGCGCUGCUUCAAGCAAUCCAUGGAAAGACCUCGCUGGAAAAGCUGUACUUGGAAGCAAGAGCUGAAUUGUCUUCAGAGGAAGUAAAUGACGUAGACUUCCGAGCUGCCCUGGUCCUGUUACCAAUACUCUUCAAAGAGAAACUGGACAAUUACAUUUCGCUGACUGAUGGAGAACCAGCGACGCCCUACCCCACCGUCCAAGUGGCUGGGUCAUACACCUGGACUCAGGUUUUCACAGAGAAACGCGUUCCAGUGACCAUAAAGGUGGAUGGCUCCACUUUCUGCAGUGCCGUUGGUGUGGAGGAUGGAGUUCUGUCAGCUUUCUGCAUGUAUUUUGUUUUCUCUCUUCAGUACCCUAGCCACAACAGAAACACACUCAUAUUUCUGCAACGACACAUCUUGAAAGUAACCGACCCUGCUGAUAAGGCCUUGCCAACAGCUGUUCUGAGGGCCAUUAAUUUACUGGCUUGAGUA